UACUGUAAUAGAUACACUAAAUCCCUAGAUCCUGUACGAUAGACGUGAAGCCUUGCUUACCUUUCGAGGGCAGCAGGGUAGAUGGCACAUGUAACAACUACAAGUACCCCGCCAGAGGGUCUGCCAGGGGCCCGUACCUGCGUCUUCUGAAACCUGAUUAUAGUGUCGAUGGCGGUAUUCGCAAGGACAGAAACGGGAAGCCUCUCCCGUCAGCCAGGAAGGUUAGAACGGAGCUGCAUUCCACCGGCCGCGUUGUGGACCCAGUACACUUCACUACAGCUGCUGUGACAUUCCUAGACUUCAUCAACAGGGACAUUAGCUCCUUGAAUGGAAUAUUGGAUUAUAUAAGAAAAAAGCAAAGCUGUUGCGAGGUAAAUGGGAAAUCUGACUACCCAUGUGAACCGAUUCAUGUGCCCGAAGAAGAUCCCUAUUUACGAGUAACAGACAUCCGUUGUAUGAACUUCUCUCGUGCUGAAACUUUCUCAGAUGCGGGUUGCAUUUCUAAAGAAAAAUAUCCUGAGCAGAUUAAUUUCCAAACUCCUAUUUUGGAUCUUUCAACUGUAUACGGAGAAGACGAAGAAGCUCUUAAGAAAAUGAGAAAGUACGAACAUGGUCUUCUAAAAGCAGAGAUGAGAAUGAAUAGAGAAGUACCUCUAAAUGAGACCAGAGAUGUCUGCUUCCAGAAUAGGAAGGACAACCCUGUUUGUUACAAAUUCGGUAUUCCGGAAAUUGGCAAUUUCGAUAUAAGAACGACGACCUUCACUAUAUUCUACGUGAAACAACACAACCGGAUCGCGGAGGUCUUACGUGAUCUGAACCCUUGUUGGAAAGAUGACAAGCUCUUCAAGGUAUCACGACAAAUCAAUAUUGCCUCUGCUGCCAAUGUAUUUUUGUACGAGCUUCUACCAUUGUUAUUAGGCUAUAAAAACAUGGUUGAUGCCGAGCUUAUAUCCGAGCACGUGGAUUACGUGACCGCAUACGAUGAUGACGCGGUCCCUCUUAUAUUUGCGGAAUAUGAAAUAGCGAGAAGGUACUUCAGAACUUUCCUGGAUGGUCGAAUCAAAAAAUUCAGUGAAAAGUAUCACUAUAGAGGUGAAUUUUCGUACAGUGAUACGUUAUUUAGACAGGAAAUACUCGAGAUUGACUCGAACUUCGAAGAUAUCAAUCGUGGAACUUUUUAUCAGCACGCGGCCAAAAUAGACGACAUUCAAGAUCCUGACAUUUCGGAGAAAUUCUUUGGAGAGCUACAGAAGGCUGCAGAUCUCAUGGCCAUCGAUAUACAACGCGGAAGAGACAUGGGGCUGCAAGGUUAUAAUGGCUACAGAAAACUCUGCGGGCUCAAGCCAGCCAAAGAGUUUGAAGAUCUUCUAGAUGUGAUGAGUGUUGAGAAAAUGGAAACUUUGAAGCAUCUGUAUCACGACAUAGAAGACAUAGAUCUCCUGGCUGGUAUAAUGAGCGAGAACUUGCUGCCUGGGGCGUUUGUUGGACACACACUGUUCUGCAUCAUGGCCAGGCAGGUGCACCUGAUGAGAUUCGCCGACAGAUUCUGGUUCGAGAGAAUGGAACAGUAUCACAGUUUCACACCAGCUCAACUAAGGGAGAUCAGAAAAACUAGCAUCGCACAUUUAGCAUGUGCUAAUGCAAAUGGCAUCAAGUUUAUCCAACCUCAAGCAUUUCUCAACAUUAAGCAAAGCAAUGAACCCAUUCCGUGCUCACAAAUAUUAUCGCCAGACCUUAGCAAGUGGUACGACGAGUCAUGUCAUCGCCACCACAAAGAAGAGCCUCCUUCAUAUGACUUUUAUCCUGGACAUCAAAAACAGCGCCUCUUUUACCCGAAUACCGGUCGUGAAGAUGUUAAAGUAACCGACCAUUUUAAACCGCAGGAUCACAAGCAUAGCGGAUAUAAGUUGCAACAUGUGCAACAUGUAUUACAUCAUUCAUAAUUCAAAAGCUUGGGGUUAUGAACUCACGGAGCAGUUUUUCCCCGCACGCGCCGCGGGCGGCAGCAGAGCGGUUUCACAGCCGCCGCGGCUACGAGAUAGGGCGAAACGCGCCACAUCUGCGGGUGAUCACAUCCUGCGCGCGCCUGCAGCGAGUGCCGCAAACACCCGUGCGUUUAGCGGGAGAAAAUCGCGUCGUGAGUUCUUAGCCUAAGAAUUCUAUUUAGAUGUGAAUUUUGUUGAUGAGUGAAAAUAUGUUAAUGAAAAUCUUCGUAUUAUAUUUAAAUUUUAGUAAAGAAGGCUUAAAUAGAAUUAGAUUUAUGAAAGAGGGUAUUUCACUAUAAACAGAAGUACGAUUAACACAUGAAAUAAAUAUUUCACCUAUUUGUAUUGAAGUUCGUUUAAAAUAAAAAUUGGUAAGUGA